AUGGCAUCUGAGAGGCCCACGCUGGAGCAGACCAGCACCACUGCAGUCCACGCCGAGCCGACUGACAGCGAAGGCAACCAUGACCUCAUCGCCCACGCUGUGCGCAAGGACGGCCUCACCACGGCGCAGAAGUGGAAGGAUCACCGCAUGAAGAUCGGCCGAGCCCUGGGCAUCGACGACGACAAAAAGCUCAAGCGGAAAGAACAAGGCUUUAAGAAGCUCCGAUCUGCGAUGGACGAGCUCGGAAGUUUAGGUGUGCAAGUCUUGUCGUAUCAGUUUGACGAGAAGAAGAACUUCGGUGGCUGGAUCAUUGAAGGAGACCAAGCCGGGCAAGUUGCAUCUGAGAUUGAUGGCUUCAACGGAGUGAGCCCCGCCAUUCUCUUCCCAACGUUUGUGGGGCAGGCCCAAGUGAACGCAAUCAAACUAAAGAAUUCAAUCUCCAAGUAG